CAGUGUUGCUACAACAUCCGCGUGAAGCGCACGCCUCGCGCUCCAAAAUUACGCGAUUUAAAUUGUAAAUAAAUAAAAACUUAUUGAGACAAAUUAUUGGUGUCAGUGAAUAAUAUGGCUACGGAAACAAAGUUGGAUAUAAUUUCGGAGUCUCCGAAGCGGUCGCCGAAGUUAGUGAGCCCGUUGGACCAUGAAGCCGUGGAAAUGGUUUUUGGGAAGCCGACAUCGCUGAAAGUAGAGCCGGAGGUGCAUGCUAAGGGUGAAAAAGAUAAGGAUCCGCACGUGACCCUCAAGGACAAGGACUCGGAGCCUUCGCAGCCCCUGCUGGAGCCACAUCGAGAGAAGCAGCAACCGCCGCUAGCUGGUCCCGAGGUAGAUGACCUGGAAGGGACUCCAGCAGCCCCCGCACCGUACCCCGGCAUCGAUGACGGGCUACUGGAACCAAACGACAAGAAACUAGAACUUGAUGCAGACAGCGAUGAGUCACACAAGGAGCCGCCGGACUCGGAGCAAGAGGGUAAAUGGCUGUGGCCGUCCGGGGACGACGAGCCCGACUAUCCUGAUGGCGUUCACGGUUUUAGCAACGGACUGGACACGCGGUUUGGUGUUGACCGUCCUGGGUCUCCGUUUCCACCAGGGUCGAUCCCCGAUGUGAACACCUACCAGCAGAAGAAGAAUUUGGCCCAAGGCAUGAUGGACUUGGCUCUUCUGUCAGCCAACGCGAACCAGCUCCGAUACGUCCUCGAGUCUUCCAACGUGCACCCAUACUUUUACCCGAGCCUGGCGUUUAUAUCCAUCAGCAUCCUACUGCAGAUAGCAGUAGGCGUAGGGCUGAUAAUGAACAGCCGUUACGACGUGAACGACAAGAAAGACAUCUGCAAGGCGGACAAGAUCAACAAUAUGACGGUGCUGGGCGUGUUCCUCGUCACCAUCGUCAACGUGUUCAUCACCUCGUUCAGUGUGGCCACGCCGCAGACCACGGCUAUAAAUGGCGUUUAAGCCCUCGAAUACCGGAACGCGGAUCCGCGUACGAGGAAACUAUUAGAAAAAAAAAACCCGGCACACGAGAGGUAUGACCGCAGGCAACGAGACCACCUCUACUACUAGACGGAGCACAUUAAGACAAUCGAGGUCACCACACAUAAACGCUCCCGCACAAAUUUAGUAUGGGAGCGCGAUCGUUUAUUUCAAAGUAAGCUUUAUGGGCGUACCUGGGAUGUUAUGAAACUAAUAAGUAAAGCCCUUGCUAGACGGACG